AUGGAAAAGUUCAGCAAUUGGAGAGACAAAGGCACCGGGAUUUCGCCGUUCUAUCCGGUCGAAGUCAAGGUAUCGGCUGCUCGGAAGUACGUGGUGAACCCAGUGAUUCUUGCGCUCAAAUGGCCCUUUUUUGUCGCCUUGUAUCUAUUUGCGUCGGUGGCCCCCAAAGCAGCCACAAGGAUCAUUUUCAGGAGCUUGUUUUCCAUUGCGGAUAUUGAUUUGCUGGUUGAAGGGGUACGGAAAUCCAACGCCAAUGAAACCAACGCCAAGAAACCGUCAGUGGGGGAAGUCGUGGUGCUGAAUCUCGUGUCUCCGCUAGACAUUUUCGUGAUAUUUCUCACUUCGAAUGUAGAGUCGUUGUCGUCCUUGGUCGUGGUGAUUCCUUGGAAAGAGGAUUUGUACACGUUUACCGCGUGGGAGGCACUCUCCGUGCUUUUCCAGCCUUUGGACUCAUCCAUCACUCAGGGUGCGAGACUCGGCGGGGAUGCCAGAGACAUGAUGCGAGAAAAGUUGGUCGUAGUUUUCGCGGAGGGCUCGGCGUCGAACAAUAAGGCCAUUUUGCCCUUGCAGCCGCCAUGUGCCCAGCUCUGGCAGUCCGGGGAUCCGCCCGUGAAAGUGGCGGUCUUGAGAUACUACCCCAACGGGCUUUCUCUUCCAGUGCCGCAUAUGACAAAAGCUCAGUACGUGUCUCGCUUGCUCACUCUACCCAGCAAGGCCUUUGUGAAGGUCAAGAUAGUCCCGCUUCGCGCCGCAUCGUUGAAAGCGUGUCAGGCUGCUUUUGUCGAGAACGGAUUGUGCCAUGUGCAGUUGGGGGUGGAGGAGAAGUUGAAGUUUUUCGAGUACUUUCAGGAUUACUCCAUCAAGAAAGAGGCAUAA